UUGACAGUUCACUGUCGCAUGAUGUUUCCACUAUUAUUACGGUAGCAAGCUAUUUAAGUGGCAACAGCUUCAUACUGACGUUUUAUCUCUUUUAAAAAUACAUCGGGAUUGUGUAUAGACGACCCCUCAUCAUUCGGAGUGGUUGACGUAUCACUAAUAAUUGCCAGAUAACGUUUUCCUGGCGAAUUGUCUGGAGGCUAGCCAGCUAGUUACCUUAACAACUAAUAAUUUACUUAGCGGGCUACGUUUUGGUACAUCGAAUUUGCUAUCAGAAUGCAUAUCAAGGAAUGUAUCAUGUCUGCACCUGGGAAAGCUAUCCUCCACGGAGAACACGCUGUCGUGCAUGGCAAUGUGGCUCUGGCUGUGAGUUUGAACCUGCGCACAUACCUACGGUUGCAAGCCACAUCCACCAGUAAAGUCUCCAUCAAUCUCCCCAACAUCAACACUUUCCUCAGCUGGGAUGUGACCAAGUUGAAGCAGCUGCUUCCUGACUCUGGAGCUGAACUGGGGAAUGUGAAUGAGCUUGAUGCAGAGCUUGUCAGGAGGCUGCGAGACUUGGUUGGUGUAUCAAAUGGAACCUUGGAUACUCGCAGCAUGGCCAUCUUAGCCUUCCUCUACAUCUACCUCUCUGUCUUUGCUGGGUCAGGGGAGUUACCCAGCCUGACUGUGUCUGUGUGGUCAGAGUUGCCAACUGGAGCGGGUCUGGGGUCAAGUGCAGCCUACUCUGUGUGCCUGGCUGCAGCUCUGCUCUCUGCCAGUGGGACCAUCCCUUCUCUACUGAGUGACCAGGAAAGCACAGCCAGAUGGGGUGAGGUGGAGAUGGAGCUGAUCAACAGGUGGGCGUUUCAGGGGGAGAGAAUCAUCCAUGGGAACCCGUCGGGGGUGGACAACGCCGUGGGGACAUGGGGUGGCAUAUUGAGAUACCAUGCUGGGAAAAUAACACCCCUAAACAGGGUCCCAAUGUUAAGGAUCCUACUCACAAACACCAAGGUCCCUCGCAGCACCAAGGUACUUGUUGCUGGAGUGAAGGACAAAAUGAACAAGUUUCCCUCUAUUAUAAACCCUGUACUGGAAUCUGUGAAUGCAGUCUCCUGCACCUGCGAGCAGACCUUAUCAGAGAUGACCAACGACACCCCCACUCCAGAGCACUACAAUAUCCUGGAGGAACUCAUUGACAUCAACCAGCACCACCUGAACGUGAUGGGUGUAGGACACCCGGCCCUGGACACCCUGUGCCGCGUCACCUUGGCCAGAGGGCUACACAGCAAGCUGACUGGUGCCGGCGGAGGGGGCUGUGGUAUCACCCUGCUUAGACCAGAAACGGAGUGCUCGGUGAUCCAGAACACUAUCCAGGACUUGAGAGACUGUGGCUAUGACUGUUGGGAGACCAGUGUAGGUGCAGAAGGCGUGCAGCAGCACUCUCCCCUCGCCGUCAAAGAGGAGGCCCUGGAGGUUUUAGCACGCUACUGAGACCUACUGGCCAUGGGUCUGCCCUUCCUAUGGGUGAACAGGUGACGCUUUGCUCCAUUACUUUGGCCUACCAAGUCUUCUAUUGUUAAGGCCUGACAACUUCCAAAAGAAGAGUUGGCUACAGCACAAUACAGCAUGGGACAUGCAUAAAUGCUAAUAGCGCUUCUCUAACGACCAACCGUCAAGACAGCCUCUUUGUUUCAGGGGAGGACAGUUGCUAAUCACCCACUCAUCAUAUAUUUUUCUGCCAUUUCAUGAGGUCAUGGAACUAAGAUUGUAGGGGCACUAUGCAGGUGAUCACACCUCCCUUUUAAAAUAAGUGGUGUUCUAGUUUUCAUUAUUUGGUAUGCACUGUAGCCCUCCCUAUCCCCUGGCUUGAAAUGAUUGUUAACGAAUGUGUAUUUAAACUGUUUUUGGUUUAGCAGGAGCUUAUCACGAAACUUCAAAAGAAGAUGUUGCAAAAAAGCAAGAUAAACCCAGUGCGUAGCAGUGUGUCUAGGUGCUAGUAUUUAAAAACAAGUUAAAAAAUGUAUUGAAAGAUGACAGGCGACCGACCUUGACUCCAGUGUAUAUUUGCUUUUCUUUUUAAUAUUAGCAUUGCAUCAAACUCAAAGUUGGUCACCUGAUUUCUUUUUCUUUUUUUCAGUUUGCAGUUUACACUUGUUUUUGAAUAUCAAUACCUUGGUUGACUUGUUCUUCGUUUCAAAUGAGGGUGCUGUGAGCCAUUUGUCGUAUAGAUGGCAGCAAAAUGUAAGAAUGAACUAACCUCUUAACUGACAUGAGCAAAUCGUAGCGAAGAGAUUGUCAUUCAGUUUUUGCUUCAGGUGUUAAUACAAUGCCAAAGCAGAUGCAUUCCUAGGUAUACAAACCUUUUUAAAACUGAAAAUAAAAAUGUGCAUAAUUCUCUGUCACAUAA